UUUCUUGUUCGGGGAGGUGAAAAAACAAACGGUCGGUCUAUUUUGCUGCACAUUUUUUGGCCGCUUCUUUUUUUUCCUCCUAUCUAUAUAUAUCAUGUUCCCUCACAUGUCAUGGCAUGUGGGGAUGUUUGUGCUGGGAGCAGGCAGGUAUGACGGGAUGCGCGGGAUGGGAGGAGGGUCAUACCUUUCCAUCCUACCCCUACUGGGUUAAAACUAUUACAACUCGGAAGGGCAUUGCUGGCGUUUGGCUUUUUUUUUUCUUAAAUGCGCCCCAUUUUUCAUACGCAUACGCACGCUUUUCACCUAGGGAGAUAGGUCGUCUGGGCAGGCAGGCGCGGAGCCGAGCUCGGAUUCUUGCUACCUCUUUACCCUCUCAUUCUCUCUCCCUAUAUAUUAUUUUUAUAUAUUUAUAUUGGGAGUAACCAACCACUCAGUUGCUCAGGCACCCUCGCGCCUCUGCGCUGGGGUCUCUUCGAGAUGGGUGAUGAUGGUGGGAGUUUCGAAACUUGGGGUGGAACCAAGGUCUGAUCAGUUAUGAAAGAGGGGCGCGGGGAUUGUGUAUUGUUAAAUCCAGGGAGGGGGGAACGGUUUGGGAUGGAAUUUCAUCGGAU